AUGACAGCAUUCAGCCAAGCUUUACAAAGCAAUGUUAUUCUGACAAUAAAUUGGAAGUGGAUUAUCAGUUGUGACAUUUGCACAGAUAGCAGAGAACCUUGUAUAUUCCUGGUGCUCACACAAGGUUGCCUGCCUACACUGAGAGCGACUUUGAAUAUGGUUAAAGGGAAAUUUCCGUAUUAUGACCCGGAUGGGAAGGAUGACGAAAGGUUGUUUAUCUUUUAUAUCAGCGCUACUUUUCUUUGUUCAAGUACUCAAUGUAAUGUUGAAACUUUAUUAAGAAAAGUGGAAUUAGUUCGUAAAAAAAUGAAGAAACCUUCGUCAUUCUUCCGACAUAUAACUUUCGCUGAAUCAGAAUUGAGACAAAGCAGAGCGGCUGCAAGUAUGGAGACUUCAGUGAGUGAGACUCCCACUCCUACCACCACUCAGCAGGCUACAUCAACCACUGCAUUGACUCCAACAACCACCACCCAAAUGCAGACUAGGAAACGAACAAUACCUGUGAUCUAUGAGAAAAACGAUGAGUCGCCAGAAGAUGAUCUGAAGUUUAUGUUCACUGGGCCAAGGAUAGAAUUAUUUGUUUAUCCUCCCCCUCCCACCAAAGGAGGAAUCUCAGUUAGCAAUGCUGAUCAGUUUUGUUUGAAUGAGGGGGAAUUCCUGAAUGAUGUCAUAAUAGAAUUCUAUUUGAAAUAUGUUUAUGAUAAAUUCCUGUCUCCUUCCGAUCGAGAGAGAACUCACAUGUUCAGUUGUUUUUUCUAUGAACGUUUGAUGCAGAAAAAUGUUCGAGAUAAAUUGAAAAAUAAAGACAUAAGCCCAGCAGAACGCCGUCAUAAUCAAGUGAAGAAGUGGACGAGAAACGUCGACAUAUUUUCGAAGGAUUAUUUAUUUAUUCCAAUAAAUGAAGCAUCACACUGGUAUAUAGCUGUUAUAUGCUUCCCUGGUAUGGAUGCCAGUGAGAUGAUCUGUUUGUCUAGUGAAACCACAGAAAAUAUGGCCCCAAAAAUGCUGAAAACUAAAAAGGAAGAAAAAAAAUGUCAGAAAAUUGCGAAAUCUGAAGAACCGACUAACCAAGGUCCUGAUCCGGCAUCCUCCUUGCCUUCAAGUAUGCAGUAUUUAUCUUUCUAUGGAGAAGAGGGAGAUAGUGAGGGUCAAGGGUCAUCAACUUCCAGGAAGUUGGAAGGAAAAGAUCAAAGUUCAAAUGAGGUUCAAGGGUCGUCAAUUUCCAGGAAGUGUGACUCAAAAGAUCAAUGUUCAAAUGAGAAUCAAAGGUCACCGAACUCGGAAGAGUCAAGGUCAUCUGAAAGUCACGGGAUUUCACCAAAUCUUGACUCGCAACCUGGUAUCCACACUAAUAAACGGAAAAAGUUAAUUUUAAUUAAUUUACCAAAUUUUAAACAUCGUAAAAAAAUAAAACCGAAUUCUGGGCCGCGGCGUGUACCCAUACAUUCAGACACUUUGGAAAAGUCUGGCGAACACAAUUUCGGCCUCGGAUCCUCGCCGAAAAGUCCCGAUCGUUCUGAAACUAACGUGACAGACAAAAUAGGUGCAAAAGAUAGUGAUGAAAAUUCUGAAGAACGUCUGAUACCUAUUCAUUUGGACUCUCCAGAGAAUUCAAACAAUCGCAAUAUUUUACCCAAAUCGCCAUUGAAGAACUGCGAUCAUUUUAUAAAUGACACGACAGACAAAAUUGAUGCAUUGUCGACAAUAACGAUGGAAUCUUCUCUUCAAAUAGAGAAAAAAUCUUGUGAAAAUGUGGAAUCAGAUAUUGAUGAAAUACAAAGUAGUUCAAAUUCUGGUGACAAAAGCUCUAUACCAUCACCUAGUGGUUGUCACAAUAUUAUUCAAACUACAAUAAAGCAAGUAGAUUCAAGUUUUAACGAUCAAAACAACUCUGUAUCACCACAUAGUGGGCAAACUAAACAAGACGAUCUAAAUUUUGACGAGUCAAGUGAGAUGGAAAUAAGUCGUGACGAUAUGAUUACGAAACAUAACAACUCGACUGAGAUUCUAAAAAUUACCUCAAUUUCUGAGAACUCUGCAAAAAAUGCAGUCUCAGCAUUGUCAAAUAGUGAUGGAUUUCAUCACUUUUUUAUAAAUAAUGACCUAUCAGCAUAA